AUGGCCAUCUUUGGCAAGAAAAAGUCCGACAAGGACAAGGAAAAGGAUAAGCACGCUGGCUCGCAUAUCCAGUCCUCCAAUCCUAACAAUGGUGACAGCAUCUCGUCCUUGUCUCCUGCCAUGGAAUCCUCGGUCAAGCAAUCCCAACUGCCACAGCAGCAACAACCGCCGCAGCAGCAAUCAACGUACUCCGGUAUUCCCACUUCCAUUGGCUCUCACAACCAGAACAAGGGCUCCAUAUCAGCUUCAAUGGCGGGAGGUCCCGUCGGCAGCGGCUUUGUUCCCCAUCCCGCUCAAUCUGGUCCCUCGGCCAUCCCCGUGCCCGGCUCAGGUCCGCUUGGUGCAGCUUCAGGCUUCCGUUUCGGCGGUCCAGCACCUCGUCCCGAUGGCAUCGGUUCCGGUAUCCCUGCUCCCGGUCAAGGCUCCCUUCGAUCGCGCAAGAUGAGUGAGCAGGGUGGCCCCAUCAUGGGCGCACAUCCAGCAGGCUCCAACUUUGGCAUGGGUGCAAUGACUAGCCCUCCCAACUCCACCGUUUCCGGUCUGCCACCCGCCUCUUCUGGUCUAGACGCUGGCCCUGCUAUCUCCAAUGCCACCGCGCCUGGUCAGCCCCUUGGCGAAAAGGCUCGAUCUCAGUCGGUCGUGUAUCCCUGGAGCCAACGCGGCCUCGCCAUGAAUCCGCCUAAAUUCCUCGACGAGUCACGUCAAGCUCCUCCUGGUGCCCUCAGCCCUUUUCCUUUCCCACGCUACGGCCACGCCGUCAAUCAGGCAGCAAGCAGUGCCGGCGAACUCUACCUUUUCGGCGGUCUGGUCCGCGAAAGCGUCAAAAACGACCUCUACACCAUUACGUCGACAAGCUCAUCUGACGAAGGUCUCUACCUGCUCAACCUCAGCACACGAGAGUGGACCCGCGUUAAAGCCGGAGAUGGUCACGAGACGUGCCCCGUUGGCAGGUAUGGUCACAGCGUAGCCAUUGUCGGCUCGCGCUUCUACGUCUUUGGUGGUCAGGUGGACGGCACCUUUAUGAACGAUCUCUGGUGCUUCGACCUGAACAGCCUCAAGGGCACGCCUACCUGGCAGUGCCUCAAGGCCAACGGCGAUGUACCGCCCAAGCGAACGGGCCACGCAAGCGUCACCUACAAGGACAAGAUCUACGUCUUUGGUGGAACCGACGGCCAGUAUCACUACAACGAUACCUGGUGCUACGACAUCGCCACUGCCACCUGGAAAGAACUCUCGUGCAUCGGCUAUAUUCCUGUACCUCGCGAAGGCCACGCCGCCUGUCUUGUCGACGACGUCAUGUACAUCUUUGGCGGACGCGGCGUCGACGGAAAAGAUCUAGGCGACCUUGCUAGCUUCAAAAUCACCAACCAGCGCUGGUACAUGUUUGCCAACAUGGGCCCCUCUCCCAGCGGUCGCUCCGGCCACGCCAUGUCCACCUUCCAGAACAAAGUGGUGGUGCUCGGAGGCGAAAGCUUCACUGGCGCCAAGCCUGACGAUCCGUCUACCUUGCACGUUCUUGACACCGCCAAGAUCAAGUAUCCCACUGACAAUGCUUCGCAGAUCAAGAGCUCUGCUGGCUCCCAGCUGCCCAAGUCCAACAUCACCUCACCUGCCACCAACCUCCCUGCGGGUGCUGCGGGUGUUGCUGAUGUGGCCGGUGCAGCAGCAGGCUCGCAGGCGCCAGGCCCCAACGCUUCUGCUCGUGGCCCCACGUCUCCUGUUGCAGAGGUCGAUGAGCGGCAGAGAGCCAUCUCCCCGACAACGCGCACGACUUCCAAAUCAACUCAGGAUGUUGGGCCCUUGUCGCCAGAUCGUGGCAUCAAUCAAGCCUUUGCACAGCAGCAACCGCAACCGCAACCGCAACCGCAACCGCAGUCGCAGUCGCAGCCGCAGUCGCAGGUUGCUCCCAGUCCUGGUGGUGCUCCCACACAGAUACAGUCGCAACCACCGGCGCCACAGCAGCUCGCCAAUCAAGCGCCUGCUCAGCCUCUCCACAACUCGCAACCUUUCCAACAGCCACCGCCCCAUGGCAUUGUCAACGGCGAUCCUUCACUGAGCGCCACGAGCCACCCGUCUCAGCCGCCUCAAAAGGUACAGCCUUUCCAGCAGGCGCAGCCAGUUCAGCACACUCAGCCUCAGUCGUAUCUUCAGCAAGUGGGUCCGCCAUCUAGCUCCAAUGUCGCACCGGGCUCUGGUCCGGCGCCGUACGGUGGUCCCCGCAGCCAGCGCUCGAUCGAGAACCUGCGUGGAGGUGGUGGUGCUCUUUCGCCUACCAACAUGAACCCGAUGCGAAACAUCAACGGUGUUGUCAGCAAGACCGACUCGCCAGCCAUGGCUCCACAGGACGGCUUCCACUACGGUCGUGCCACCAGCCCUCCGGUGACGAAUGGCUACAUGUCGCCUCAGCCCGCAUCAGCCGAACUGGAUGCGUUGCGCAAACGUGAGGCAUGGUACAAGGCAGCGCUCGCACUUGCUGUCAAGAAAGGCUUUGUGGAGCCUGAUCAGCUCAACGGCGGCGAUACCAGCAUGACGGAUGCGCAAAGCGUCUCAUCGGAGCGACUGAGUCUCGAUGGCAUUGACACGGGCGCCGAGGGAAGUGACAAGGACCGCGUGUUCAAGACGCUCAUCUCGCUCAAAGCUCAGCUUGCCAGCGCCAAGGCUACCAUAGCACAACAGGCACAGGGAGAGGCGGAUCGCCAAGCCGAGUCGGAUCGUGCCCGCUCGGCUGCACUUCAAGAGGCUGCCUACUACCGCGCCAAGCUCUCUGCGAUCGAGUCGGGCAACGGUGACGAGGUGACGCGCCUAGAUCGCGAACGCGCCAACAAGCUCGAAAAGGUGCUGGCCGACGCUCUUCGCGAGAGCGCGCAACUGGAACGUCAGGUGUCUUCGCUCCGUGAGCAGACCAAGCUCGAGCAGCAAUUCCGCAAUGCUGCCGAGGAGAGGCUCUCGGAGACGGCCAAGCGUGCCAUGGCAGCCGAAGCGGCGCAGAUGAAGGCGUAUGACGAGCUGUCAUCACUGCAGAAACGCAGCUAUGCGACCGAAAGCGCUUUGCGAGAGCACACCGAGCAGGUUACGACGCUCUCAUCGCUCGCGACUCGGCACAAAGCGGACCACGAGCACGCGCAAGGACAGUUGGAAGAGGCGCUAGCCAACGUGGCUGCGCAUCUAGCUGCGUUGACGCAACUGCAGGUGGCUCACGCUUCCGUCUCGAAACGAGCUGGCGAAUACGAGCGAUUGCACGAGGACCAGCGCAGCAUGCUUCAGCAACAGCAGCAGACGAUUACCGAUCUGCGGGCGCAGCUUGAAGCCAAGUCAAGCGAAGCAUCUAGCCAUGCUUCGCGAGCUGUCGAACUCGAGACGCUCGUUGAGCAACACCGACAGGAAGCCGAGGCGCAUCGAACGGCUGCUACGAGCGGUCUUGCUGCGCUUCUCGCCAGGAAAGACGAGACAUCGAUGCGCGAUCUGGGCGCGUCCAGUGCUGUGCCUCGGCAUGUCGAAGAGAAGAUCAGGGCGCUGGAAGACGAGGCUGAAUCGCUGCGUCAGCUGCAUGCGGAUGCGCGUCAGAUGGCCGACGAGCAUUCGAGCUCACUGCAAGAUAUGCAGGAGCGGCAUCUGUCGAUGGAAAAGCAACACACGGCUCUACGUUCGGAACUCACCGCGCUUCGAAGUCAGCUGGUUGCGGCUCUGCAGGAAGCGGCACGACACAAGGAUGUGGCGAGCUCCAAGGAUCUGGAACUGCGCGACCGCAACCGCGCAAUUGAAGCAGCUCAGGUCAAGGCGAGCCUGCUCAAGCAGUUUAUGGCGGAACGCGGUGUGAGCGUGCCCAACGACGACGAGCUGAGCGUCAAGUCGGGCUUCGCAGAUCGUCACAUACGCGAGCUCGAGGAAGAGGUUGAUGCACGAGCACGAGAUCUGCAAGAGGCCGAGCAUCGUCUGCAAGAUUCCGAGAGCCGUGUGGAAGAGCUGACACGACAGCUUGAGCAUCACGCUUCGCUCAACGCCAGCCGUGGUACCGCGGACAGCACCAACGUUGCCGAAGCUGAGCGACGUGCGGAGGAUGCAGAGCGUGAGCUUGCAGAGACGACAGCGUCGUACAAGGAGCGCAUGGCACAGCUCGAGAACGACUACCAGACUGCAGUGCAAUUCGUCAAGGGCACCGAAAAGAUGCUAAGAAGGAUGAAGGAUGAGCUGACCAAGUACAAGACUGAGAAUGCUAGUUUGCAGGACCAAGUGGCCACGCUGCGUUCGCAAAGCGGUGGAGGACGAACGAGCUCGGAGGACGCUGCACGUUCGGAAGAGGCAGCUCGGGAUAUCGAGGCGCUGCGUAGCCACCUGGCGGACGUGACGCAACAGAGCGAGGAGAUCGCUGCCGAGAACCGCGAGCUGGAACGGAGGGUUGCGCAGCUUGUUGCGGAACAGCAGCAGCAACGCGGCUCUCUGGACAGGACACGAGAGGCAUCAGAGAGUGGACAUUCGAGUCGCAAGGUGAGCGAGCUGGAGAACGAGGUAGCUCGACUGCAAGCCAACUUGGAAGAGUCACGUAAGCAGCUUUCCAAGGGCUACGAGGCGGAUGUUGCAGGAGACUCGGCAUCAUUGAAUCGGUCGCUCAGUGCCGCACAGACGAGCAACGAGCAGCUGAAGCGAGACAAUGCCAACUUGCAACAACGAUUGCAAGAGUUGGACGACAAGUUCCAGCUGCUUCUAGGACGAAUCGAGUCGACUCACGAGGACGGCGGUGAACGACCACGUGACAGCGUGGCGUAUGGCAGCAUCGCUUCGGAGCUGGACAAGUGGGAGCGGGAUCGCUCGCUCGGAGAAGGCGAUGCGUAUGAUCUGAACGGUGCUCAGCACAAGGCGCAGACGGGACCACAGGCCGCUCCACCGCUGUCGCGUGCCGAAGAGUAUGCCAAUAAGGCGUAA